GGCGGAUUGUUACCGAGGACGCAUUCAGCUGUCAGAGAUAACGCCGCUCAGGCUGCUCUUACCUGGGAGUUUCGCUGCCAUGGACUUAACCGAGGAUAGCGCUGUGGAAAUUAUCCUGUGCUGACCCACUUCUUCAGCCGUUUCCCUCUCGCGACGUGUCUUUUCACGCCUUUCUUUCUCCCCCGGCAGCAGGUGUCUUCAAACCAGAGAAACCAUGUCGGACAAAAUGUCCAGUUUCCUCCACAUCGGGGACAUUUGCUCCCUGUACGCAGAGGGCUCCACCAGUGGAUUUAUUAGCACUUUGGGGCUUGUGGAUGACCGCUGCGUGGUCCAACCAGACACAGGCGACCUCAAUAACCCACCCAAGAAGUUCAGAGAUUGCCUUUUCAAACUAUGUCCCAUGAACAGAUACUCCGCACAGAAGCAGUUCUGGAAGGCGGCAAAACCCGGAGGCAACAGCACCACCGACACCGUCCUCCUCAACAAACUUCAUCAUGCCGCUGACCUCGAGAAGAAACAGAAUGAGUCGGAAAACCGCAAACUGCUGGGAACCGUCAUCCAGUAUGGAAAUGUCAUUCAGUUGCUGCACUUAAAAAGCAAUAAAUACCUGACGGUGAACAAGCGGCUGCCUGCGCUGCUGGAGAAAAACGCCAUGAGAGUGACUCUGGACUCGGCAGGAAACGAAGGAUCCUGGUUCUACAUCCAGCCGUUCUACAAGCUGAGAUCCCUGGGAGACAGUGUGGUGAUUGGAGAUAAAGUCGUCCUCAACCCCGUGAACGCGGGACAGCCUCUACACGCCAGCAGCCACCAGUUAGUGGACAACCCAGGAUGCAACGAGGUGAAUUCUGUGAAUUGCAACACAAGCUGGAAAGUAGUUCUGUUCAUGAAAUGGAGCGACAACAAGGAGACGAUCCUGAAAGGGGGUGACGUCGUGCGGUUGUUCCAUGCGGAGCAGGAAAAGUUCCUCACAUGUGACGACCACAGAAAGAAGCAAUACGUUUUUCUUCGAACGACGGGCCGGCAGUCCGCUACUUCUGCCACCAGCAGCAAAGCACUCUGGGAAGUGGAGGUGGUCCACCAUGACCCUUGCAGAGGAGGUGCAGGUUACUGGAACAGCCUGUUCAGGUUUAAGCAUUUGGCCACUGGGUGCUAUCUGGCUGCCGAGGUGGGUGAGGUGAAUCCAGACUUUGAGGAGGAGAGCGCCGAACAGCGGUCAUCGGUGGUGGACUUCACACCCUUUAACUUCCAGCUGGAUGCUGAUAAUGAAGCUCUGCGAGGCCGCCUGCGGGCUCCCCAGGAGAAGAUCAUGUACACGCUGGUGCCUGUACCCGACGGAAUGGACAUCUCCUCCAUCUUCGAGCUGGAUCCGACCACCCUGAGGGGCGGGGACUCCAUGGUGCCCAGGAGCUCCUAUGUCAGGCUAAGACACCUGUGCACAAACACAUGGGUUCACAGCACCAACAACCCCAUCGACAAAGAGGAGGAGAAGCCCGUGAUGUUACGGAUUGGAACAUCAGGGGUGAAAGAAGAUAAAGAAGCCUUUGCCAUUGUCCCUGUCCCGCCUGCUGAAGUGCGCGAUUUAGACUUUGCUAAUGAUGCAAGUAAAGUGUUGGCGUCCAUUGCCGGCAAGCUGGAAAAGGGCACAAUCACACAAAAUGAAAGGAGGUUUGUGACAAAGCUCCUGGAGGACCUGGUUUUCUUUGUCGUUGACAUUCCCAACAGUGGGCAGGAUGUUUUGGAGAUUAUGGUCAACAAGCCGAACAGAGAAAGGCAGAAACUCAUGAGAGAGCAGAACAUCCUCAAACAGAUCUUCAAGCUCCUUCAGGCGCCCUUCACAGACAGCGGCGACGGGCCGAUGCUGCGGCUGGAGGAGCUGGGGGACCAGCGCCACGCGCCCUUCAGACACAUCUGCAGGCUCUGCUACAGAGUGCUGCGCCACUCCCAGCAGGACUACAGGAAAAACCAAGAAUACAUCGCCAAACAGUUCCGCUUCAUGCAGAAGCAGAUAGGCUACGACGUGCUGGCCGAAGACACAAUAACCGCUCUGCUCCACAACAACCGGAAGCUGCUGGAGAAACACAUCACCGCCGCUGAGAUAGACACGUUUGUCACGCUAGUGAGGAAGAACCGCGAGCCGAGGUUUCUGGAUUACCUGUCAGAUCUCUGCGUGUCCAUGAACAAAUCCAUCCCUGUGACCCAGGAGCUCAUCUGUAACGCAGUGCUGGACUCCAACAACGCCGACAUCCUCAUUGAAACCAAAUUGGUCCUUUCGAGGUUCGAGAUCGAGACGACGGCAAACGGGGAGAAUCCCGUCGAGGCUGAAGAUGAGGAGGAGGUGUGGCUCUUCUGGAAAGACAACUGCAAGGAGAUCCGCAGUAAGAGCGUCCGAGAGUUGGCCCAGGAUGCAAAGGAGGGUCAGAAGGAGGACCAGGAGAUCGUCAGCUACUACAGGUGCCAGCUGAACCUCUUCGCCCGGAUGUGUCUGGACCGUCAGUACUUGGCCAUCAACAAGAUCUCAGGCCAGCUGGACGUGGAUUUGAUCCUGCGCUCCAUGUCCGACGAGGACCUGCCCUUCGACCUGCGGGCGUCUUUCUGCCGCCUGAUGCUGCACAUGCACGUGGACCGCGACCCCCAGGAGCAGGUCACCCCCGUCAAAUACGCCCGCCUGUGGUCGGAGAUCCCCUCUAAAAUCGCCAUCGACGACUACGACAACGACGGCACCACCAGAGACGAGAUCAAAGAGCGUUUCUGCCUCACCAUGGACUUUGUGGAGAACUACCUGAGAGAGGUGGUGUCGCAAAACAUCCCCUUCUCCGACAAGGAGAAAAACAAGCUGACUUUCGAGGUUGUCAACCUGGCGAGGAACCUCAUCUACUUUGGUUUCUACAACUUCAGCGACCUGCUUCGACUGACAAAGAUCCUGCUGAACAUUUUGGACUGCGUGCACGUCAGCACCAUUUACCCCAUCAACAAGAUCGAGAAGGGAGAGGAAACCAAAGCUGGCAGUAAUGUGAUGAAGUCCAUUCAUGGAGUCGGGGAGCUCAUGACGCAGGUGGUGCUGCGGGGAGGCGGCCUGCUGCCCACCACGCCGACCCAUCAGCCCGAGGGAGACGUGGUUAAAACGCAGACCGAGCCGGAGAGAGAGGACAUCAUGGUGAUGGACACCAAGCUCAAAGUCAUUGAAAUCCUGCAAUUUAUUUUGAAUGUGCGACUGGACUACAGGAUUUCCUGCCUGCUCUGUAUCUUUAAACGAGAGUUUGAUGAGAAUAAUCCACAAGGAGAAAACGCUGCCAAUCAAAAUGGGAGCAAUAAUGUCGCCAAUCCAAUGCCAGGAAAUUUUGACUUUGAGAACAUCGAGGAACAGGCAGAGGGGAUUUUUGGAGGAAGUGAGGAGAACACUCCGCUGGACCUGGACGACCACGGCGGUCGCACCUUCUUAAGGGUCCUGCUGCACCUGACCAUGCACGACUACCCGCCCCUCGUGUCUGGAGCGCUUCACCUGCUCUUUAGGCACUUCAGCCAGAGGCAGGAGGUCCUGAUGGCCUUCAAACAAGUCCAGCUGCUGGUCACCAGUCAGGAUGUCGACAACUACAAGCAGAUCAAGUCGGAUCUUGACCAGCUGCGCUCCAUCGUGGAAAAAUCUGAGCUGUGGGUUUACAAGAGGCAAGGAGAGGAUGGGAUGGACGGAGAUGGACCUUCAGAGUCUGACAGUAAAAAGAAGGGAGAUUCACUGGACAAGAAGAAGACAGAAAACACCAGCAGCUACAACUACAGAGUUGUCAAAGAGAUCCUGCUGCGCCUCAGCAACCUGUGUGUUCAGGAGGGAAGCUCAGGGAAGAAGAGCAAGAAGCAGCAGCAGCGGCUGCUGAGGAACAUGGGAGCUCACAGCGUGGUGCUGGAACUCCUGCAGAUCCCCUACGAGAAGGGUGAAGAUGUCCGGAUGCAGGAGAUCAUGAAACUGGCUCAUGAGUUUCUGCAGAACUUCUGUGCUGGGAACCAGCAGAACCAGGCCCUGCUCCACAAGCACAUCAACUUAUUUCUCAACCCAGGGAUCCUGGAGGCCAUCACCAUGCAGCACAUCUUCAUGAAUAACUUCCAGCUGUGCAGUGAGAUCAACGAGCGCGUGGUCCAGCACUUUGUCCACUGCACCGAGACGCACGGCCGACAUGUCCAGUACCUCAAGUUUCUGCAGACCAUCGUUAAAGCCGAGAACAAGUUCAUCAAGAAGUGUCAGGACAUCGUCAUGGCAGAGCUGGUGAACUCAGGCGAGGACGUCCUGGUCUUCUACAACGACCGCGCCUCCUUCCAGACCCUGGUCCAGAUGAUGCGCUCGGAGCGGGACCGCAUGGAUGAGAACAGCCCUCUGAUGUACCACAUCCACCUGGUGGAGCUGCUGGCCGUCUGCACCGAGGGCAAGAACGUCUACACCGAGAUCAAGUGCAACUCCCUGCUGCCCCUGGACGACAUCGUCCGGGUCGUCACCCACGAAGACUGCAUUCCCGAGGUGAAGAUCGCCUACAUCAAUUUUCUGAACCACUGUUACGUCGACACAGAAGUGGAGAUGAAGGAGAUUUACACGUCCAACCACAUGUGGAAGCUGUUCGAGAACUUCCUGGUGGAUAUCUGCAGGGUGUGCAAUAACACCAGUGACAGGAAGCAUGCGGAUACCAUGCUGGAGCGUUACGUAACCGAGACGGUCAUGAGUAUCGUCACAUGUUUCUUCAGCUCCCCUUUUUCUGACCAGAGCACGAGCCUCCAGACUCGUCAGCCCGUGUUUGUGCAGCUGCUUCAGGGAGUGUUCAGGGUUUACCACUGUAACUGGCUCAACCCGGUUCAGAAGGCCUCAGUCGAGGCCUGCAUUAAAGUACUCUCAGACGUUGCCAAGAGCAGAGCGAUCGCCAUCCCGGUGGACCUGGACAGUCAGGUGAACAACCUGUUUGUUAAGUCCAAUAACGUUGUGCAGAAGAGCAUCCUCAACUGGAGGCUGUCGGCCAAGAACAUGUCCAGACGGGACUCAGGCCAGACGACCUCUAAAGAUUACAGAAACAUCAUCGAAAGGCUGCAGGACAUCGUGUCGGCGCUGGAGGAUCGUCUGAGGCCGCUGGUCCAAGCCGAGCUCUCGGUGCUGGUGGACGUGCUGCACCGUCCCGAGCUGCUCUUCCCCGAAAACACUGACGCUCGCAAGAAAUGUGAAAGCGGAGGAUUCAUCUCGAAACUGAUCAAGCACACGAAGCAGCUACUGGAGGAGAACGAGGAGCGUCUCUGCAUCAAAGUGCUGCAGACUCUGAGGGAAAUGAUGACGAAGGACCGCGGCUACGGGGAGAAGCUGAUUGCCUUUGAUGAUGAGAUGGAUGUGGCUGAGCUGGCACCUCCGCCUGAGCCUGAAGUCCCAGCUGAGGAGCUUGAUCCCAACCAGCCACUGAAGCAACUGGAGGAUCAGAGGAGGGGCGAGGCCUUGCGGCAGAUUUUGGUCAACCGAUACUACGGCAAUGUCAAACCUGGCCCGAGGAGAGACAGCCUCACUUCCUUCAGCAACGGCCCACUGAGUCCCGGAGCUCAGGGAAAAUCGCCCACAGUCGUCAGCUCCGGGGUUGGAGGUCGAGGGGAGCUGAGUCUGGCGGAGGUGCAGUGCCACCUGGACAAGGAAGGGGCCUCUGAUCUGGUCAUCGACCUCAUCAUGAACGCCACCAGCGACCGCAUCUUCCAGGAGAGCAUACUGUUAGCCAUCGCGCUGCUGGAAGGUGGAAACACGGUGAUCCAGCGCUCCUUCUUUCACCGAUUAACGGGCGACAACAAGUCGGAGAAAUUCUUCAAGGUGUUUUAUGAGCGCAUGAAGCUGGCCCAGCAAGAAAUCAAGGCCACCGUGACGGUCAACACCAGCGACCUGGGCAGCAAGAAGAAGGACGAGGAGCCGCCGGACAAAGACACGCCGGCACGCAAGAAAGUGAAAGAUGUGCCGGUGGUGGCAGUCGUGACCGAGGAGGUGAAGGAGCAGCUGGCGGAGGCCUCCGCCGUCACCAAGAAGGCCUACACCACCUACCGGCGCGAGGCCGAGGCCGAGGAGCACCAGGCGGCCGCCGAGGGCGCCCCCGUUCCCACGGCCGACAAGAGCCAGGAGGAGGGCGAGAUGAGCGUCGUCAUCACCAUCAUGCAGCCCAUCCUGCGCCUCAUGCAGCUGCUCUGCGAGAAUCACAACAGAGAUCUGCAGAACUUUCUACGCAACCAAAAUAACAAGAACAACUAUAACCUGGUGUGUGAGACGCUCCAGUUCCUGGACUGCAUCUGCGGGAGCACCACAGGAGGACUGGGGCUGCUCGGGCUCUACAUCAACGAGAAGAACGUGGGACUGAUCAACCAGACGGUGGAGAGCCUCACCGAGUACUGCCAGGGCCCCUGUCACGAGAACCAGAACUGCAUCGCCACUCAUGAGUGUAACGGCAUCGACAUCAUCAUCGCGCUCAUCCUCAACGACAUCAACCCUCUGGGGAAGAAGAGGAUGGAUCUGGUGCUGGAGCUCAAAAAUAAUGCCUCCAAGCUUCUCCUGGCGAUCAUGGAGAGUCGCCAUGACAGCGAGAACGCCGAGAGGAUCCUGUACAACAUGAGGCCCAAAGAGCUGGUGGAGGUGAUCAAGAAGGCGUAUAUGCAGGGGGAGAUAGAGGUGGAGGAGCCGCAGGAGGGCGAGGACGGAGAGGAGGAGCACUCGGCGUCCCCGCGCAACGUCGGCCACAACAUCUACAUCUUGGCGCAUCAAUUAGCCCGCCACAACAAGGAACUGCAGGCGAUGCUGAAGCCGGGGGGGACGUACGGAGAGGGCGACGAGGCCCUGGAGUUCUACGCCAAGCACACGGCUCAGAUCGAGAUCGUACGACUGGAUCGCACGAUGGAGCAGAUAGUCUUCCCAGUGCCCAACAUCUGUGAGUUCCUCACCCACGAGUCCAAGCUGCGCGUCUACUACACCACCGAGCGCGAUGAGCAAGGCAGCAAGAUCAAUGACUUCUUCCUGCGCUCUGAGGACCUUUUUAAUGAGAUGAAUUGGCAGAAGAAGCUGCGAGCCCAGCCCAUACUGUACUGGUGCUCCAGGAACAUGUCCUUCUGGAGCAGCAUCUCCUUCAACCUGGCUGUGCUCAUGAACCUGCUGGUGGCCUUCUUCUACCCUCUGGAGGGCGUCCGAGGAGGCACUCUGGAGCCCCAUCUGUCUGCCCUGCUGUGGAUAGCCAUGCUGGUGUCUCUGGCCAUCGUCAUCGUCCUGCCCCAGCCUCACGGGAUCCGGGCGCUCAUCGCCUCCACCAUCCUGCGCCUCAUCUUCUCCGUAGGCUUAGAGCCCACGCUGCUCCUGCUGGGAGGCUUCAACUUAUGUAAUAAGGUCAUCUUCCUGAUGAGCUUUGUCGGGAACCGGGGAACCUUCACCCGGGGAUACAAAGCCAUGAUCAUGGAUGUGGAAUUCCUCUACCACCUGCUCUACCUGAUCAUCUGCUCCCUGGGGGUCUUUGUCCACGUCUUCUUCUACAGCUUGCUACUCUUCGAUCUGGUCUAUCGAGAGGAGACCCUGCUGAACGUCAUAAAAAGCGUCACCCGCAACGGGCGCUCCAUCGUCCUGACGGCCGUGCUGGCUCUCAUCCUCGUCUACCUCUUCUCUAUCGUGGGAUACAUCUUCUUCAAAGACGACUUCAUUCUGGCCGUCGACAGGAUUCCCAACAAGACGCUCGAGCAUGGAGCCAGCAUGGUCGGGGAGCUGUUCUCCGGAGGAGUCUGUCAGAAAGAAAAUGGAGAAAACUGUUCGGCAGAGGCUGUGAUGGAUGCGGCGGUCGCCGUCCAGCCAUCGGCAGUGGUGAUCGAGGACAAGGAGCGAACGUGUGACUCGCUGCUCAUGUGCAUUGUCACAGUGUUGAGUCACGGCCUCAGGAGCGGAGGAGGCGUCGGGGACGUCCUGCGUAAACCAUCGAAAGAGGAGCCCCUGUUCGCAGCCCGAGUCAUCUACGACCUGCUCUUCUUCUUCAUGGUCAUCAUCAUCGUCCUCAACCUCAUCUUCGGUGUCAUCAUCGACACCUUCGCCGACCUGAGAAGCGAGAAGCAGAAGAAAGAGGAAAUCCUGAAGACGACGUGUUUUAUUUGCGGCUUGGAAAGAGACAAGUUUGACAAUAAGACCGUGACCUUUGAAGAACACAUCAAAGUGGAGCACAACAUGUGGCACUACUUGUUCUUUAUUGUCCUGGUGAAGGUCAAAGACUCCACCGAGUACACCGGCCCCGAGAGCUACGUGGCUGAAAUGAUCCGGGACCACAACCUGGACUGGUUCCCACGCAUGCGGGCCAUGUCGCUGGUGAGCAGCGACGCCGACGGCGAGCAGAACGAGAUCAGGAGCCUGCAGGAGAAGCUGGAGUCCACCAUGAAGCUGGUGUCCAACCUGUCGGGCCAGCUGACCGAGCUGAAGGAGCAGAUGACGGAGCAGAGGAAGCAGAAGCAGCGGAUCGGCCUGCUGGGACACCCUCAGCACAUGAACGUCAACCCGCAGCAGCCCGCCUAGAAAGGUCAGCCGACGCCGCGCCCCCGCCCGCCCGCCCGCCCGCCCAGGUCGCACUCUGUAACUAGGACCACGCCGAGUGUGAGCGUAAGUUAGAACGGUAGGGAAAACACUCUGUAACAUAUGUAGUCAGAGGUAAGGCCACGUGUAGCUCCCCUCCUCCCUCCUCGCUUCAGUCCAGCUGGAAAUGGUGCCAAAUGAACUGGACUCCUUUGGACUCCCGGCCUUUUGACUGGUGGAACUUGAAACACAAUGAAGCUGACUGGACAGCAGGAAUCAGCCCCUUUUGUUGUUAUUGUUGUUGUUGUUGUUGUUUUUUUAUGUUUUCUAUACUUCUGGCAUAACGAGCAGUAUUACAAGUCUUCUCUUCUGAAUGUCGUGCAAUAUAUUAACUUGAAUAUGCAACCUCACCGGUGCGUGGAUUUAAGUUCAUCAGUUGUCUUAUUUUGGAGCGUUUCCAUCUCCUCCUCACUGGGUCAAGUAGGGAGUGGCCGUCUGUCCGUAAAACAAGAAUAGGAGUAAUUUAAUAAGCUGGCCUUCUACAUUUUACUUUUCUUCUUGAAUUUCUCAACGAACCUGUAUAUUUCUUGAGUGCCCUCAGCACUCAGUAGAGAUAGUAUAUUGUGUGAGAGCAAUAUAAAGAGAUGUAAUAUCUCAGCGCUAACUGAUUUUACUGAUAAAUUUGCUUUUAGUUUAGAUUUCCUGCCGUCCGUCACAGUGCCGGUCAUGCAUUACAAUUUGCUCAGGAGUUGUUACUUUUAUUGUAAUAGACACCUCUAGAAGUCUUUGUUUUUUUCAAAAACGGAUUCCUCUUGUGCCUGUUAUGGUUUGUUUUUUGUUUUUGUUUUUUUGUCCUUAACUUAUUCCUGUUUGCUGCUUGUGCAGAGUUUCUUUUACUUUUAUGCUUACUACAAACCGUAAAUGAAUCAUUUGGUUUUUUUUUUUGUACAUAAAGUUUGUUGCUUUCCUUUGCUUUUGUAUAGAAGGAUGAAUGUUAAGAUUACAUAAUCUUAAGAACUGUCAAUUUGUAUAUUAAAUACAGUUAUUUAUUAAAAUUUAUGGGAUUAUCCUUU